AGUUUGGACCUGAAUUCAUGCGGAUUGAGCCCAAGGCGGGUGCACGCGGCGCGUUUCAGACCAGAGAGAGAGACAGAGAGCGCGCACGCACGCGCGACCGAGAGUCCGUGCCCGUGCCCGUCUGAAGGAGCCAUGAGAGAAUACAAAGUGGUCGUGUUGGGCUCCGGUGGCGUGGGAAAAUCCGCGCUAACCGUGCAGUUCGUCACCGGAUCCUUCAUCGAGAAGUACGACCCGACGAUAGAGGACUUUUACCGCAAGGAGAUCGAGGUGGACUCGUCGCCGUCGGUUCUGGAGAUCCUGGACACCGCCGGUACCGAGCAGUUCGCCUCAAUGCGAGACCUGUACAUCAAGAACGGCCAGGGCUUCAUCCUCGUUUACAGUCUGGUGAACCAGCAGAGCUUCCAG